AUGCCACUAAUUUCCUGUAUACCUUUGGGUUGCCGGGGUGGCGUUGAUGUUAUUGAUAGGACCCAAUGCGGUCUGGAAGAAGUACCGGCCGAAGUGGACCGAAGUGCACAUACUUUAGAGGAACUGUAUUUGGACUGUAAUCAAAUUUCUGAAAUUAGUGAAAAAUUGGCUAAAUGUCGAAAAUUACGUACCCUAUCAUUAGCGCAAAACAAGUUGCUUCGAGUACCAUCGUUUAUCGGCUGUCUGAAGGCACUUGAAGAACUGUAUUUGGAAGAUAAUGAAUUAACAGAUCUUCCAGUGGAACUUGAAGACUGUACAAACUUACAGGUUUUGGAUUUACGACUGAAUGUUUUUUUAAGGUUACCUGAUGUUAUUUCGCGUUUGGACUCCCUGACACAGCUGCAUUUGUUUGAAACAUCGUUAACACAGCUUCCACCGGAUAUUGCAAAAUCGAGCUCAUCGAACUUGUUGCUUAACUGUGUCGGCGGUAUUGAUGACGAAAAGGCUGAGGACGAUGAUCAAUGGUUUUUUUUUAGGGGGGGUGCUAUUGGUUAUGAGGUAAUUUUAGUGGCCAGAAAGCUGACUGUUUCUUUAAAAUCGUUGACAUUUAUUCGGGACUUGCUGGGUUACACUCUCGUCGCUAUUUUCGUAUCCGUAAGCGUGGAUGCGGAAGUAGAGGCAUUUUGGGCACAGAUGAGGGAAUCAGAAACGUCGGAAAACUUCACCGUAGUCGCAUCUUGUUUUGACUUAAUAUUUGGCAGUUCUUUCUUUUUCGUGGGACUAGAAGUUUACAAGAUUAAUUUGCAGGUGCGUGAAAAUCAGUUGAGGGUAUUACCACCAUCAAUUUGUGACUUAAAGAACUUGAAGCAACUGGAUGUCGGACGUAAUGAGCUUUUACUUUUGCCUAUGGGACUUGGCGUUUUGGAAAACUUAGAAGAGUUGUACGCUGAUCAUAAUUUGUUGAACGCUAUUCCUGACUCAAUAGUAGACUGCAGUUUACUGAAAGUGUUGGAUAUAUCCGAGAAUGAUAUUUUGGCUCUACCGGAAGAAAUCGGCGAAUUAGUUGAACUGGGAGAACUUAACGUUUCUGAGAAUCGUAUUACUUCAUUGCCCAAUUCUAUAAGCAGGUUGAAAAAAUUGACUACUUUAAAAGCGGACUCGAACGAAAUAGCAAUGCUAACAACGGCAAUUGGUGGUUGCACUGCUCUUCGAGAAGUUUAUCUUGCCAAUAAUCAGUUAACGACUGUGCCAAGCGCUCUCGGUAACCUUGAAUCACUUACGUUGCUAACGCUUGAUGAAAAUCGCUUAACAGAAAUUCCUUCUACUAUUGGUGGUUGCAAAAAACUCUCAAUUUUAACUCUUCGGAACAACCAGCUGAACGAACUGCCACUGGAAAUUGGUCGGCUUGUUAAUCUGAACGUUCUGGACGUUUGUGACAAUCGUCUCAUAUUUCUCCCGUACACAAUAAGUGUUCUCCCUAACUUACGAGCAUUAUGGCUUUCUGUAGACCAAACGGUUCCUCGAGUUUCUCUGACGGUGGCACUUGACCCUGUGACCCAUGUAAAAGUACUAACCUGUUAUCUCUUACCGCAAGGCUUGGGUCAAGAGGCUACUGCUCGGCAGCGACGAACGGAUGGAACUGUUCACUUUGGUGGAGAAGGAGAAGAUGAUGAAGAAUUGUUUGAACCUAGAGGAUUUGUACGACGUGGCACACCUCAUCCAAAACCGCGAUCACGUGCUGGUCUACGACGUCAGUCGAUAGACGGCCAUUUUAUCCCUCAUAAUUCAGAGGUUAAUUUCGAGGAGAAGAAUGAGCCGACCCUUUCGUUAAGGCGGAAGAGUGUUGGGGAUGUGCCGAAUCCGACUAGUAAAUCUGCGGUGAUGCUUCUGAAACAGCACUCAGGAGAGGGCAUUCUUAAGGCGUCAACCAAUAAAGGAGAAGAUGAUGAGGCAUUUGUGGAUAAAUCAUCUUCAUCCUAUGUCAUAAAUUCUGGUCUUAAAGAAUAUUAUAUAAGUAUUAAACGGAAUGAAGGUUCUGGUUUUGGUCUUUCAAUGGUUGGUGGACGUGACUCAGAACCAUAUAAGCUCAUAUCUGUUGCAUUGCAGAAGAAUGACCAAGGACUAUUUAUUUCCAAAAUUUUUGAAGGAGGAGCUGCAGAUCUUGCUGGUUUGAAGGUGGGCGAUAAAAUCGUCAAAGUAAACGGUGUUUCAGUGAUUGAUGAGUGCCAUAAGGUGAACCGUUUGAUUACUGCUGUGGAAUUAAUGCAAAAAAAUGAUACAUUAAACCUAACAGUUUUACGAGAGGAGAAGGCUGAGGCAGAAGUUCGUGAAGUAACAGAGAAUAAACCUGCUGACGAUGAAUCCUCUUCUGAAAGUUUGCUCGAAACUGUUGCCACAGCUGUACAGCGUGACAUUGAUGGCUUGCUUGGGUUUGACAUUGAUUUUAUUAUCAAUGCUGACGGAACAAAGGCUAUAAUCGUUAAGAACGUCAAGAACGAUGCUUCAAAAUUGUGUGAUGGCGAUGAAAUUUUAUCUGUGAACGGUAAAAGUGUGGCAAAUAUGAGCGUUGAAGAGACAACAAAGGAGUUGAGAGAGGAUGGAGAACGAGAAAUUUAUGUGGUUGCGCAGCGGAGGUCUAAAUUUGUGGGACCCGAAAAGUCUGCGCAGAGUUUCGCCAAUGAAAGUAUGAAGAAGGAACUGGAGCCUGAAUCAAGUUCAGAACCGGAACCUGAAGCAAGGUUGGAAUCGGAGCCAGAGCCAGUGCCAGGACUACAACCGGAACCAGGACUGGAACCGAGGUCAGAACCAGAACCAAUACCAGAUUCAGACCCAAGACCAGAACCAGUACGAGAUGUAGACCCAGAACCAGAACCAAUACAAGAUCCAGACCCAGAACCGGAACCAAUACGAGAUCUGGACCCAGAACCGGAACUAGAACUAGAACCAGAACCGAAGUUGGAACCAGAGCUGGAAGAGGAGCAGCCCCUUGAAGAUGUAGUAGUUGUAGCAUCCGUGGACGAACCAUCUGAUGAUGAAACUGCGAGGUUAACAAGUAGUAAAGAGGCUGAAGUCAGCGAGGAAGAAAAGGAAGAUGACGAGAACAAAACUGUCAGUUCCAUGACGCGCAAGGCGCCGCCAGUAGCGCCAAAGCCAAAGGGUUUUAAGUUGUUCAAUGCUGAGCAUGCCUCGGUAAAUGAAGGUCAAAAUGAUAACUCUAAUAUAAUAGAGCCAUCGAAAUUAGCCUUCACUUCAAAAAUAAAGAAAUUUGAAAGCGCAACUCAGUUGCCUGCUUCGCAAAGUGGAACAAAUAUUGGUAUACCAGCAAAAAAACCUCUGGUCAGUGAACAUGACAUAAUGAAAAUCAAAGAGGAAGAGCAGAAGAGAGCAGCGAAUUUAAGUGAAAGCUUGUUAACCGAUUUAGGAGAUGAGUUUGAAGAACCAGCAUUCGAAGAAUUUUUGGACAUAAAAGGCAAGGGAUGUAAACCGCCAGCUGUUAUUCGAACGAAAAAGGCAGAACUUCGCGCGGAACGAUUAUCACCAGUUCUUUCAGAAAAAGGGGGUAAUGAUAAUGCUCUUCAUGAUUUUGAAAAACGACAGCAGUGGAGGCAGGCAAGGUACAAAUCAUUAGAAAUAGCUUCGGCUAAAGCUGAAAGUGUGAUGAAUCAAGUUCGUGAAAUUAGUAGUCGUCUUGGAAUGGUAUCAGAAGAGGUUGGUUUAGCCGCAUAUUCACCGAACAACGAUUUUUCACUAAACAGCGACGGAGGGACGUUCAGUGAUACAGACCGUAAUAAAGGUCUUAUGAAUGGAACUGCUGGCAGUGUUACCACCAGUCUUGGUGUUACUUUUUAA